AUGUCCCCUGGGAAAAUUCUGCAACCUGUACUGAAAAUGAAGGUGGAUGAACUCUUUUUGUGCUGGUUGAGUCAGCCUGCGACUCAGCUGGCCCUAAAGGACUGCUUGAGAAGAAUCAAGAAUGAGCAGAAAACAGUUAUUGGUAAUGGAGAUGCAGGAAAUGGUAAAAAUGAGAGGUUCGCUAAUAACAAUUCCAAUUCCAAGCAAUGCAUAUUAGGAGAUACCAGAUUGCCUUUGAUGUCUUUCAGUCCUCCUCAACUUUCUACUACUCUUCCAUUGGCAACUCCAGCUAGCACAAGGAAUGUUUCUAAUGUUCGAGCAGCACCUCGAUCCUCAGGAACCAGAAUAGUUCAGACAAAGAAGGAAGAAACUUUGCCACCAUCACUUAGUCAAAACAUUCCAACUUUCUAUUUUCCUCGAGGAUGUCCUAAGGAAAAAGUAAAUAUAGAUGCUGUGAUUGCCAAAAUUGAGAGAACUUUCUCUGAGUUUCCAAAUGAGAGAGCAACGUUAGAAGACAUGGGGAAGGUUGCAAAGGCUUGUGAAUGCCCACUUUACUGGAAAGGUCCUUUGUUUUAUUGUGCUGGAGGUGAACGAACAGGAUACGUGUCAGUUCAUAAAUUUGUUGCAAUGUGGCGGAAAAUACUUCAGACCUGCUAUGAUGAUGCUGCAAAGUUUGUUCAUCUUCUAAUGAACCCUGGAUGCAACUACUUGGUGCAAGAAGACUUCAUUCCUUUUUUACAAGAUGUGGUGAAUAGUCAUCCUGGCCUAUCAUUUUUAAAAGAAGCAUCUGAAUUUCAUUCUCGGUACAUUACCACAGUUAUACAGAGAAUAUUUUAUACAGUAAAUAGGUCCUGGUCUGGGAAAAUAACGUGCAAUGAGCUCAGGAAAAGCAACUUUUUGCAGAAUGUGGCAUUAUUGGAAGAGGAAGCUGAUAUUAACCAGCUGACAGAGUACUUCUCAUAUGAACAUUUUUAUGUUAUCUAUUGCAAAUUUUGGGAGCUGGAUACGGACCAUGACCUCUAUAUUGAUCGGAAGGAUUUAGCUCGACAUAAUGAUCAUGCAAUAUCAAAUAGGAUGAUAGAGAGGAUCUUCUCAGGAGCAGUAACGAGAGGUAGGAAAGCACAAAAAGAUGGAAAAAUUAGCUAUGCUGAUUUUGUCUGGUUUUUGAUAUCUGAAGAGGAUAAGAAAACACCAACUAGCAUUGAAUACUGGUUUCGCUGCAUGGAUCUUGAUGGGGAUGGUGCUUUGUCUAUGUAUGAACUGGAGUAUUUUUAUGAAGAACAGUGCCAAAAAUUAGACAACAUGGCCAUAGAACCUUUACCAUUUGAAGACUGUUUGUGCCAGAUGCUGGAUCUCGUGAAGCCACAAUAUGAAGGAAAAAUUACUCUGCAUGAUUUAAAGCGAUGUAAGUUGACAAAUGUGUUUUUUGAUACGUUUUUCAACAUUGAAAAAUACCUUGACCAUGAACAGAAGGAUCAGUUUUCUAUGUUGCGGGAUGGCGAAGGUGAAAGCCAAGAGGUCUCUGACUGGGAGAAGUACGCUGCUGAAGAGUACGAUAUCUUGGUAGCAGAAGAGGCAGCAAGUGACCAGUGGAACGAUGGGUAUGAACCAGAGCUGAAUCCUGUAGACCAUCAGAAGGCCAAUGUCCUCAAGUAUCAAAUGGAAAAAAGACCAUUUUUUGAAAUGCCUUCCCAUCUGGCUGAUGUAGACUUGGAUGAAUAUGACUACGAAGAGGACUUUGAGUAGUGGUUACUUCUGAUCAGCACUUGCAGAAGAGAAGGGACAGCCUGCAGCAGGUCUGCUACACACCUACAUGUUUCAGUGGGGUUUGUUUCCAGGAAGUCAGCUUAGUUUUGUGCUAAAAAUAUUUAAUCACUACACUACCUUUUAAGGAGAAGAAGCGCGUUUGUAUUGAAUGAUAAAACUUUUUGUAUUUAUUCAAUAGUCUAUAGCUUGUAAAAUAGAUUAAAAUAUUUAUUUACGGAUGUUGCGUAAUUCCUUUUGGAAGAAUAACAAUAUUGGACUUUAGAGACUCUAAAAGUAAUCUACUGUUUCUGAGACCUGUGUAAUUCUAAGUUGAUGUGUGGUGCACUGACCAUCUCCGUCCC